AGUGAAGACACAGAACAACAAAUCAUCAGAGAAACAUUUCAUCUGGUAUCCAAAAGAGAUGAGAACGUCUGCAAUUUCCUAGAAGGUGGAAUGUAAGAGAUUUCUUUAAGAUGUCGUAAACUGUCCACAAGUACUGAAAACCAUAACCCCCCACGUGCUGGACCCUAUUGAUGUAGAAGGCUUUAUCUUAACAUUUCCUGCUCAUGUAACAAUGAAAUGCAUAAUCUUUCAAUUUCAUGUACAUAUAUACAACUGCUACAAACCAACGAUUUGAUCUGAUGAUGUGGGCUGCUCAACAAAACGCUCCAUGAGUAGAAUCAGCUUUUCAUGAUGCAAUAUCACAUGACACAUUGCACUACAUGGGAGAGCUAAGGGACAGAGGGGGAGCCUGGUAUCAGAUGGUGGCCAGCUGUAGGGAGAGAAAUUGGAUCAUCAUGAAUAGUUAAAUAUGAAUUCAUCAUUCAUGAAGCAGGCUAUUGCGUUGUGGAACCUCCUCUCACACAACAGAGGAUAAUACAAUUGGGGUGUAUUCAUUAGUGCACACUGUAGCAAAAUGUUUUGCAACGGGGAACGUUUUGCUUUGAGAAUUAGCCUUUCUUAUUGGACAAGUUCAGGUUAGUCUCCCUCUGUUUCGGCCCGUUUGCUUUUUUCUGUUUGGUUCCUAGUGAAUACACCACUGGGAUCCCUGGUAUAUGAUUGUUGCUACUGCUUAGGCUCAUCAACAAAUAUGAUGUUGCUCAAGCAGAUUCAGGUCAACGUGUUUUUGCCUUACAAAUAUUGUUCAAGGCUUCUGUACUUGGCCUGGACACGUGACCAAGUCAAUCUAUUGGACAAAACAGUCUGCUGACCCUUUUACUUGUUCAUCAUACCAGCAUGUUUGGCUUUGUUUCACAUACCAGCAUGUUUGGCUGUGUUUCACAUUAUAGAAUGUGUGUGUUGGGUAAUGAACAUGACACGGUACUAUCCCAUGCAUUGAUUGGUGUCAUGUGAGUGUGUUCCCCUUGUCGUGUGGACUGUUGUUCCGAUGUAGAGGUGAAGUACUAGGACACAGUGCUGCUGAAGUGUCAGUUUGUAGUGUAAGCACACAGGGCAGAUGGCUUGUUGUUGCAUUGAUCUCUGUUAACCAACCUUGGCUCACUUCCACAUGCAUGCCAGUCUUCACAGAUCCCAGGCAAAUGCACACCAACUGGGGUGUAUUUACUAGACACCAAACGGAAGCAAACGGGCUGAAACGAGCCAGAACCUACCUGAAUUUGCCCAAUAAAUAACACCUUUUCAUUGCAAAGGUUUUGCUACCGUUUGCGCUAAUGAAUACAACCCUGUUCAGAGAAGGUUUCAAUUGUCCCUCCAUUUUGUUUUUGUGUCGUUAGGUUGAUAGGUGGGUCGGAGAACAAGCUCAUCUACAGACACUAUGCCACGCUCUACUUCGUAUUCUGCGUCGAUUCCUCUGAGAGUGAGCUUGGCAUCCUAGACCUUAUCCAGGUAAUAUUUCCAAAGUCUUUAAAACAAUAUAUUGUUCAACUACGACCGUUUGGUACCACAAUCUUAGUUUUUGGUGGACGGUAGAUGAUUACACUGUUCAGUGAAUGUGAUCGUCUCUCCACAGGUGUUUGUGGAAACGCUGGACAAAUGCUUUGAGAAUGUCUGUGAACUUGACUUAAUUUUCCACGUGGACAAGGUACAGAAUUAUUUUAUCAACUAUAUCCUAUUAUUUCACCCUUAAUUUUAAUAUUUACUAUACCAAGAAUGUAAGAGUCAACCUUGCCCCAAACAGCUGCAUUUAAUGCUCACAAUGAAUGUGUGACUUCCCAUAGAAACUCACUGUGCUAUAGUGUCAUUUGUUUACUAUAAGGCUGUCUAGGUGAAUUAAUCUCCCCUGUCAAAUCAAAGUUGGUCGCUUACACAGUUUAGCAGAUGUUUUAGCGGGUGCAUCAAAAUGCUUGAAUGCAGCGAAAUCCUUGUGGAAACAGGGUGGCUGUGUCUCUCAGCGUCAUCUUGAUGAUAUCCCUGUGACAAUGCUUCGACCCUGCUGGCUCUUGUCACAAGAAAAUCUAUCGUGAAUGUCUAGCCAAGUGUGGCAGCGAAGCAUGAUAUUAGACUUUUUGUACAGGUUGCAGCAUUUCACGCACAGAGAUGCCGUUGAUAUUCAUGUGUACAGAGAGUAAUAUGAGCAAAGCGAAAGCGAGAUAAUUGUGACCGCAGCAAUCUACUUAAACAAAACCGUUAUAUACUGAACAAAAAUAUAAACGCAACAUGCAACAAUUUCAACGAUUUUACUGUUUUUUUUACUGAGAAUAAUAAUGGUGCCGGAGAAGAUGGCUGCCGUUUUACGGCCCCCCUAACCAAUUGUGCUAUUAUGUGUGUUUUUUCGGAUUAUUUGUAAUUUAUUCUGUACAUAAUGUUUCUGCCACUGUCUCUUAUGACCAAAAAGUGCUUCUGGAUAUCAAGACAGCGAUUACUCACCUCGUAUUGGAUGAAAUAUUUUUUUCAUCAACGAGAUGCACGCAAAAUAUAUUCUACAGACACCCGACAAGGCCCAAAUCCCCAUCAUUCGCAUGAGAAAGAGACGGAGAUAUCGUGGACGUAGGUCUGGGUGCCUUGUAAGGAUCCGACGGCGAGCGAGUAAUCUGCCUCUACCAUCAGUCCUAUUAGCCAAUGUACAAUCAUUGGAAAGCAAAAUAGACGACCUACGAUCACGGAUAUCCUACCAACGGGACAUUAAAAACUGGAAUAUCUUAUGUUUCACCGAGUCGUGGCUGAACGACGACAUGGAUAACAUACAGCUGGCGGGAUAUACGCUACAUCGGCAGGAUAGAACGGCUGACUCCGGUAAGACAAGGGGGGAUGGUCUGUGUAUAUUUGUAAACAACAGCUGGUGCACGAAAUCUAAUAUUAAGGAAGUCUUGAGGUUUUGCUCGAGGCUAUCUCAUGAUAAGCUGUAGUCCACACUAUUUACCAAGAGUUUUUAUCUAUAUUUUUCGUAGCUGUCUAUUUACCACCACAAACCGAUGCUGGCACUAAGACUGCAUGAGCUGUAUAAGGCCAUAAGCAAACAGGAAAACGCUCAUCCAGACGCAGCGCUCCUAGUGGCCGGGGACUUUAAUGAAGGGAAACUUAAAUCCGUUCUACCUCAUUUCUACCAGCAUGUUAAAUGUGCAACCAGAGGAAAAAAAACUCUAGACCACCUUUACUCCACACACAGAGACGCGUACAAAGCUCUCCCUCGCCCUCCUUUUGGCAAAUCUGACCAUAAUUCUAUCCUCCUGAUUCCUGCUUAUAAGCAAAAACUGGAGCAGGAAGCACCAGUGACUCGGUUAAUAAGGAAGUGGUCAGAUGACGCAGAUGCUAAGCUACAGGACUGUUUUGCUAGCACAGACUGGAAUAUGUUCCGUGAUUCUUCCGAUGGCAUUGAGGAGUACACCACAUCAGUCACUGGCUUCAUCAAUAAGUGCAUCGAUGACGUCGUCCCCACAGUGACCGUACGUACAUACCCCAACCAGAAGCCAUGGAUUACAGGCAACAUCCGCGCUGAGCUAAAGGGUAGAGCUGCCGCUUUCAAGGAGCGGGACGCUUAUAAGAAAUCCCGCUAUGCCCUCCGACGAACCAUCAAACAGGCAAAGAGUCAAUACGGGACUAAGAUUGAAUCGUACUACACUGGCUCCGACCCUCGUUGGAUGUGGCAGGGCUUGCAAACUAUCACAGACUACAAAGGGAAGCACAGUCGCAAGCUGCCCAGUGACACGAGCCUACCAGACGAGCUAAAUCACUUCUAUGCUCGCUUCGAGGCAAUCAACACUGAAGCAAGCAUGAGAGCAUCAGCUGUUCCGGAUGACUAUCUGAUCACGCUCUCCGUAGUCGAUGUGAGUAAGACUUUUAAGCAGGUCAAAAUUCACAAGGCCACAGGGCCAGAUGGAUUACCAGGACACGUACUCCGAGCAUGCGUUGACCAACUGGCAAGUGUCUUCACUGACAUUUUCAACAUGUCCCUGACUGUAAUACCAUCAUGUUUCAAGCAGACCACCAUAGUCCCUGUGCCCAAGAACACUAAGAUAACCUGCCUAAAUGACUACCAACCCGUAGCACUCAGGUCUGUAGCCAUGAAGUGCUUUGAAAGGCUGGUCAUGGCUCAUAUCAACACCUUUAUCCCAGAGACCCUAGACCCACUUCAAUUUGCAUACCGCCCCAACAGAUCCACAGAUGAUGCAGUCUCUAUUGUAUUCCACACUGCCCUUUCCCACCUGGACAAGAGGAACACCUACGUGAGAAUGCUAUUCAUUGACAACACUAUAGUGCCCUCAAAGCUCAUCGCUAAGGACCGUGGGACUAAACACCUCCCUCUGCAACUGGAUCCUGGACUUCCUGACGGGCCGCUUCCAGGUGGUAAGGGUAGGUAACAACACAUCUGACACGCUGAUCCUCAACACGGUGGCCCCUCAGGGGUGCGUGCUCAGUCACCUCCUGUACCCAUGACUGUGUGGCCAGGCACUACUCCAACACCAUCAUUAAGUUUGCCGACGAUACAACAGUGGUAGGCCUGAUCACCGACAACGAUGAGACAGCCUAUAGGGAGGAGGUCAGAGACCUGGCAGUGUGGUGCCAGGAUAACAACCUCUCCCUCAACGUGAUCAAGACAAAGGAGAUGAUUGUGGGCUACAGGGGAAAAAAAGAGGACUGAGCACGCCCACAUUCUCAUCAACGGGGCUGUAGUGGAAUAGGUUGAGAGCUUCAAGUUCCUUGGUGUCCACAUCACCAACAAACUAUCAUGGUCCAAACACAUCAAGACAGUCGUGAAGAGGGCAUGACAAAGCCUAUUUCCCCAGGAGACUGAAAAGAUUUGCCAUGGGUCCUCAGAUCCUCAAAGAGUUCUAGAGCUGCACCAUCGAGAGCAUCCUGACUGGUUGCAUCACUGCCUGGUAUGGCAACUGCUCGGCCUCCGACCGCAAGGCACUACAGAGGGUAGUGCGUACGGCCCAGUACAUCACUGGGGCCAAGCUUCCUGCCAUCCAGGACCUCUAUACCAGGAGGUGUCAGAGGCCCUAAAAAUUGUCAAAGACUGCAGCCACCCUAGUCAUAGACUGUUCUCUCUGCUACCGCACGGCAAGUGGUACCGGAGCGCCAAGUCUAGGUCCAAAAGGCUUCUCAACAGCUUCUACCCCCAAGCCAUAAGACUCCUGAACAGCUAAUCACGGCUACCCGGACUAUUUGUAUUGUCCCCCCACCCCACUCCACCCCCUCUUUUACGCUGCUGCUACUCUGUUUAUUAUCUAUGCAUAGUCACUUUAACUCUACCCUCAUGUACAUAUUACAUCAAUUAUCUCGUCUCACCUGUGCCCCCGCACAUUGACUCUGUAUCGGUACCCCCUGUAUAUAACCUCCCUAGUGUUAUUUUAUUUUACUGCUGCUCUUUAAUUAUUUUAACUUAUUACUUAACCAACCACUUGGGAGCCAGGCCCAGCCAGUCUGAAUUAGUUUUUUCCCCACAAAAGGGCUUUAUUACAGACAUAAAUACUCCUCAGUUUCAUCAGCUGUCUGGGUGGCUGGUCUCAGAUGAUCCCGCAGGUGAAGAAGGCAGAUGUGGAGGUCCUUGGCUGGUGUAGUUACACGUGGUCUGCGGUUGUGAGGCCAGUUGGACGUACUGCCAAUUUCUCUAAAACGACGUUGGAGGCUGAUUAUGGUAGAGAAAUGAACAUUGAAUUCUCUGGCAACAGCUCUGGUGGACAUUCCUGUAGUCAGCAUUCCAAUUGCACGCUCCUUUAAAACAUGAGACAUCUGUGGCAUUGUGUUGUGUAACAAAACUGCACAUUUUAGUGGCCUUUUAUUGUCCCCAGCACAAUGCACCUGUGCAAUGAUCAUGCUGUUUAAAUAGCUUCUUGAUAUGCCACACCUGUCAGGUGGAUGGAUUAUCUUGUCAAAGGAGAAAUGCUUACUAACAGGGAUGUAAACAAAUUUGUGCACAACAUUUUACAGAAUUACGCUUUUUGUGCUUAUGGAAAAUUUCAGCAAUCUUUUAUUUCAGCUCAUGAACCAUGGGACCAACACUUUACAUGUUGCGUUUUAUGUUUUUGUUUAGUAUAAAUGUGAGUGUGUGAUUUGUUAGUACAUCCAAUGUUUUGACAAUAGAUAGGGUUGCAUGCAUAUCUCACAUCAGGUCAUUUGUUUUCAAGGGUUGUUGAUCUCCUGUUCGCAUUUGUUUAGCCUCUUUAAUAUGUAACAAUGAUAAUAAAUAUGAAAUAAUCCUGUAGAGCAGGGUUUCCCAAACUCUGUCCUGGGGCCCCCUGGGUGCAAAUUUGGGAAAACUUUUUCUCUACAGCAGGUUACAAAUGUGUAAAAGGCACACAAAAUAAUCCCCCCUAAAACGUACAGUUGAAGUCGGAAGUUUACAUACUCUAAGGUUGGAGUCAUUUAAAACUCGUUUUUCAACCACUCCACAAAUUUCUUGUUAACAAACUAUAGUUUUGGCAAGUCGGUUAGGACAUCUACUCUCUGCAUGACACAAGUAAUUUUUCCAACAAUUGUUUACAGACAUAUUAUUUCACUUACAAUUCACUAUCACAAUUCCAGUGGGUCAGAAGUUUACAUACACUAAGUUGACUGUGCCUUUAAACAGCUUGGAAAACUCCAGAAAAUGAUGUUAUGGCUUUAGAAGCUUCUGAUAGGCUAAUUGACAUAAUUUGAGUCAAUUGGAGGGGUACCUGUGGAUGUAUAUCAAGGCCUACCUUCAAACUCAGUGCCUCUUUGCUUGACAUCAUGGGAAAAUCAAAAGAAAUCAGCCAAGAAAAAAAUGGUAGACCUCGCCUGAAGGUUCUACUUUCAUCUGUACAAACAAUAGUACGCAAGUAUAAACACCAUGGUAUCACGCAGCUGUCAAACCGCUCAGGAAGGAGACGCGUUCUGUCUCCUAGAGAUGAACGUACUUUGGUGCAAAUCAAUCCCAGAACAACAGCAAAGGACCUUGUGAAGAUGCUGGAGGAAACAGGUACAGAAGUAUCUAUAUCCACAGUAAAACGAGUCCUAUAUCGACAUAACCUGAAAGGCCGCUCAGCAAGGAAGAAGCCACUGCUCCAAAACCGCCAUAAAGAAGCCAGACUACGGUUUGCAACUGCACAUGGGGACAAAGAUCGUACUUUUUGGAGAAAUGUCCUCUGGUCUGAUGAAACAAAAAUAGAACUGUUUGGCCAUAAUGACCAUUGUUAUGUUUGGAGAAAAAAGGGGAAGACUUGCAAGCCGAAGAACACCAUCCCAACCGUGAAGCACAGGGGUGGCAGCAUCAUGCUGUGGGUGUGCUUUGCUGCAGGAGGGACUGGUGCACUUCACAAAAUGGAUGGCAUCAUGAGGAAGGAAAAUGAUGUGGAUAUAUUUAAGCAACAUCUCAAGACAUCAGUCAGGAAGUUAAAGCUUGGUCGCAAAUGGGUCUUCCAAAUGGACAAUGACCCCAAGCAUACUUCCAAAGUUGUGGCAAAAUGGCGUAAGGACAACAAAGUCAAGGUAUUGGAGUGGCCAUCACAAAGCCCUGACCUCAAUCCUAUAGAACAUUUGUGGGCAGAACAGAAAAGGCGUGUGCGAGCAAGGAGGCCUACAAACCUGACUCAGUUACACCAGGUCUGUUAGGAGGAAUGGGCCAAAAUUCACCCAAUUUAUUGUGGGAAGCUUGUGGAAGGCUACCGAAAACGUUUGACCCAAGUUAAACAAAUUAAAUUAAAGGCAAUGCUACCAAAUACGAAUUGAGUGUAUGUAAACUUCUGACCACUGGGAAUGUGAUGAAAGAAAUAAAAGCUAAAAUAAAUCAUUCUCUCUACUAUUAUUCUGACAUUUCACAUUCUUAAAAUAAAGUGGUGAUCCUAACUGACCUAAGACAGGGAACUUUUACUAGGAUUAAAUGUCAGGAAUUGUGAAGAACUGAGUUUAAAUGUAUUUGGCUAAGGUGUAUGUAAACUUCCGACUUCAACUGUAUAUUUUGGUUAAUAGUAAUAGUAUGUUUUCUCAGUCUGAGAAUAGCCUAUAAAUAGAACAUUUUGCAUUGAACCUUUAGGUACACAAUAUACUGGCAGAGAUGGUGAUGGGAGGGAUGGUGCUGGAGACCAACAUGAAUGAGAUCAUCACACAGGUGGACGCCCAAACCAAAAUGGAGAAAUCGGAGGUAAGAGUGGCAGUACUUCUUUCUGACUUCUCAUACUCCAGGUAUGUGUAGGCAUGUGUGUAUGCUGGAGCCUGCAUGCCCUUCCAGUGCCUUUGUGAUGCUCCUGACUGAGUGUUUGUGCUCUCUGGCCCUCCGCUACUGCACUGCGUCACCACACAGAAUGACAUUUCUCUUCCUUCUUACCCCAAAGUUAUAAUCAUCAUCACAGACACCGAUUGUCUCUUCUCUGGAAUCUAAAUUUACACAGUGUCCAAUGCAUCUGCGGAAUCUUGAUCCUCAACAAUCACACACUCAUGAGAUGCAUUGCUCAUCCAACUCUACAGACUGGACAUGUCGUGUUGACGUAUUUGCUUAAAUGGUGAGGUGGUGGUAGCGUUUCUAUGGCUGUUGAAUGGUUAGUUGUGGUCAUAGAGGGAUGUUGAAUUAACGAAAUUUGACGUUGAAGUCAAAGAUGUCCUGAGCUGAUCUUUUAACAUCUGUGAGCAGAUAUCUUGGAGCUGAGCAUUUAAUGUCUGUGAUAUUAAGGCCUAGACAUUGCUUUGUUCUCAGAUCUCUUUGAAUACAGUCUCUAAAUUUAAUUAUUCAUGAAAACCGAUUGUUACAGCCAGAUAUAAUUUUAUGGAAUCAUUGCCAUUGGCAGAACAAUGCCAUUAUGACUUUUGACAAGGUGUAUUCAGAUCCAUCUAAAUACAUGACUCUGUGUGUAUUUUAAAUUGACACACACACAAAAUAUUCCAGUUAAAUAAACGGAUAUGAAGUCAAAUAUUUAAGAAAAGCCACAUGUAUUUUCAAAGUUAUUUUGAGGAUAUAUUUUAGGUUUUGUUUGCUUACUGCACAAUGUAAGGUUACAUGGUGUGACUCAAAAGUCCUACGGAUGUGUAACUUGCUGUUAACUUAUCUUUAUUUCAAAUUGGUGCUGCACCCUUGGCUAACAUUUACAGAUUUUACCUCACUGUUGCAAUUUUGCUGUAUCUAACAAUGGAAACCAUGCUUUGGUAACAACUUUGGGCCGUAUUGUGUGGUUGAUUAAAUGGAAUCAGUAGUGUAUUGUACGCCAAGUCUUUGACUGUUCAACAAACAUCAGAUGUGCUCCGUCUUUUCCUUCUUGGACCUACCCUAGACCGCAGUGUUCUCAUAGUCAUAAUCAUAACUUCAACACUAAUUCAGAGCCAUAAAGAAUGACGUAAACAAAAUACAUUCCUAGUAGUGUGUAAAAAAAAAAUGUUAAGUCAAUACAAAUUGGUGAAGAAUGAUAGGCUGGAUUUAGUUCACUUUAACAUGCUCAACCAGCUCAUCAGUAUGAAACAGCAGAAGUGUUGCUAUGCCUUUGGAGGUGUUGAGGCCUCUCUCAGUGCAGUCUAUGAAUGCGGUCUACGAUAGGUCUUAUCACUUUCAAUUUAUAUAUACUGUAAUUAAUUUGAUCUGCUUUAACAACAUUCCUCAUUCCUCUUUUCCCCUGACCCUUUCUAGUUCUUUCCAUUCUUCUCUCUUUACAGACAUUUAUCUUUCAGUCUCCCAGACAGGACAGGUAGACACAGGUACUGCUAAAUUUCCAACCAAGUACUGUAACUUCCCAAAUUUAUUUACACUAUCCGUAGUUCUCCAUAGGCCGACCACUUAAUAACAAAACGACAUCACUAACAUCAAAAUCUUUUUACAGCAGACCCUAAAAUGUAUCAAUGGUACUUCAAAAGAGCAAUGAAACCACAUAUUACUUGGCUAUUUAGGAAAUUGGUAUGGCGAUAGUAAAUAUUUUCAUCAUUGGGAUGUUUUUAAUGAAAGGCCCAAUGCAGCUGUUUUUAUCUCCAAUAUAAAACCAUUUCUGGGUAACAAUUAAGUACCUUACUGUGAUUUUCUUUCAAUUAAAAUGGUAAAAAAUAAACAAAUUGCUAAGAAGCUAAGAGCAAUUUCUCAAGCAAGAAUUUUGCUAGGACUGUCUGUGUGGGGAGGGGAAAACCUGAAAAAUACCUAUUAUUGGCAGAGAGGUUUGACACUCUUUUUUAUUGGUCUAUCAACUAAUUUACCACCUGGUGAUUUCACCAGGCAGGCCAAAACUGUAUCCCACCAAAACAGACAGCGCUUUUGUCUUUUCACACCGCUCUUACACUAAAAGGGCAUUAUCAUAAUUUUCACAAUUUCACAGUAUUAUUCUAACCUCAUAGUGUGGAAAUAUAUACAGUUGAAGUCGGAAGUUUACAUACACUUAGGUUGGAGUCAUUAAAACUCGUUUUUCAACCACUCCACAAAUUUCUUGUUAACAAACUAUAGUUUUGGCAUGUCGGUUAGGACAUCUACUUUGUGCAUGACACAAGUCAUUUUUCCAACAAUUGUUUACAGACAGAUUAUUUCACUGUAUCACAAUUCCAGUGGGUCAUUAGUUUACAUACACUAAGUUGACUGUGCCUUUAAACAGCUUAGAAAAUUCCAGAAAAUGAUGUAAUGGUUUUAGAAGCUUCUGAUAGGCUAAUUUCACAUUCUUAAAAUAAAGUGGUGAUCCUAACUGAUUUAAGACAGGGAAUUGUUAUUAGGAUUAAAUGUCAGGAGUUGUGAAAACUAAGUUUAAAUGUAUUUGGCUAAAGAGUAUGUAAACUUCCGACUUAAACUGUAUAUAACACAGGAAAAUCAUGUUUUUGAUAUUGCACCAAUACCAAAGCUGUGCAAGCUAGGCUUAGCAAUAAAGAAGCAUUUGUCAAUAAAUGCAGGUGGCCAGCUGUAGCUAGCUGCCCUAGAGGAAGACGUACAAUGAUACUGUCCGUGCACCUGUGUUGUCUGGCACUGGGUUUGUUUCCGUAACAGAGAUGUGUCGUCGCUGAAAAUUCAAGUCGCACCUCGCUAGGUUGCUAGCCAAACACAACACACAAGCAUGCUGUUGCUGUGUCUCGACUGGUCCUUUGUCACCACUCUCUGCUUUGCUGCCCUAUAGAUUUCAUCAGACUACUUUUAUGACACGCGUAAACCACUGUUUACGUAUCUGAAAUGUGCUUUCCCCCCCUGGUUUGAGACACAUCAGUGUUUUAUUAAUCAACAGACCAUCUUCCAAGCCAGUGGUUUGGUUUCCCAGGCAGACACAGCUUAGUGCUUAGUACACACCAGUAAUGCCUCUAUGGGGAGACCUGUGGAACGUAGUACAGUGUGAUUUUUAACAUAGCUAUGUGUGACUGAGUACUUGACCAGAAACCUAGGCCUUUGGGCAACCAGCUAGGAGCAAGUCUAAUUUGUCUCCCUUGAGUUGUCACAAAGUGUAGGCUACAUAAUUUAGUUGACUAGUUGCCAAGGUCAGUAAAAGCCCAGGGUUCUUCACGUUUUGAAGUACAGUAGCCACUCUGUAUUGCCGCUCAACUUGAUGGCAGCAAACUGUAUGAAGGACACACUUGAACUGACCCUGUGUGCACAAUUAUAGAGGAUGAAAUGAAAAUCAUGUGCGCAUAUCUGUUAUCGAUUCCAAUGACUGCCUAUAAUACAGAAAAAUGUCUGAACCAGUUAUUUAGACAUAAAAGCUACUGAUUGCUACUGUUUCAUAUUUGCAAACCUUCCUAUGGUAGUUCUCUAAAAGAGAUGCCUAGUUAAACUCAUUUUCAGAACUAGAAACUUUAGCCUAUUAACUGAAAGUCUAGAAGCUGGUUGAAUCUUAAUUUUUGGGUUCGACUGUUCAAGAUUCAGUGGGUGGAUCUCUAACAGCAGUGAUUUUCAAAUGCAAUCUAGAGAUCAACAUGUUAUCCAUAGGAAAUGUGAAUUCACAAUGUCAAUUAGUUAUUUUUGUCAGAAUUUACACUAUUGACAUUUCAAUCAAUUUGUUUUGCAUCUCAAAUUACACAUUGUACAAAACGUUAGGAACACCUUCCUAAUAUUGAGUUGCACCCCUUUUUGCCCUCAGAACAGCCUCAAUUCAUCAGGGCAUGGACUCUACAAGGUGUCGAAAGCGUUCCUCAGGGAUGCUGGCCCAUGUUGACUCCAAUGCUUCCCACAGUUGUCAAGUUGGCUGGAUGUCCUUUGGGUGGUGGACCAUUCUUGAUACACAUGGGAAACUGUUAUGUGUGAAACCCAGCAGCGUUGCUGAAUGGCACAUAUACACAAUCUGUGUCUCAAGGCUUAAAAGUCCUUCUUUAACCUACACUGAUUUGAAGUGGAUUUAACAAGUGACAUCAAUAAGGGAUCAUAGCUUUCACCUGGUCAGUGUAUGUCAUGGAAAAAGCAGGUAAACCUAAGGUUUUGUACACUCGGUGUAUAUUGGAUAAUGUUUUUGUUUGGUUUUAUAUUGAACAAUGCUUUGAAAUUCACUGCUUUAGUGUGUUACCUCCGUUUUCUUCAGUAUGCCAUAGAGUAGACCCAUUUUUGUGAUGCAGUAUUACAACAAUUCCCCACAUGGAUGAUGUCAAUAGGUAAUACCAUGGAAAUAACUCUCACAACAUUGAAUAGCUGUCGCUAUAAUCUUUUAUGUACAUUUUAAUAAUCAAACAUUAGAUUGAACAUAGUCAUAUUUUACAAACACUGAACCUUGUCACCCCCAUUACAAACAAGUCAGCCCUGUUAACCUAGUCUCCCCCGAUACAACUAGUAAGUCCUUACCUCAGUGUGUGUACAGUUUCCACUGAGUUGUUACAGUUCUAAUAUAUUAGAGUACAGUGCAUUCGGAAGUAUUCAGACCCCUUGACUUUUUCCACGUUUUGUUACGUUACAGCCUUUGGCAGCGAUUACAGCCUGGAGUCUUCUUGGGUAUGACACUACAAGUUUGGCACACCUGUAUUUGGGGAGUUUCUCCCAUUCUUCUCUGCAAAUCCUCUCAAGCUCUGUCAGGUUGGAUGGGGAGCGUCGCUGCACAGCUAUUUUCAGGUCUCUCCAGAGAUGUUCAAUCAGAUUCAAGUCCGGGCUCUGGCUGGGCCACUCAACGAUAUUCAGAGACUUGUCCCAAAGCCACUCCUGCAUUAUCUUGGUUGUGUUCUUAGGGUCGUUGUCCUGUUGGAAGGUGAACCUUCACCCCAGUCUGAAGUGCUGAGCGCUCUGGAGCAGGUUUUCAUCAAGGAUCUCUCUGUACUUUGCUCCAUUCAUCUUUCCAUCGAUCCUGACUAGUCUCCCAGUCCCUGCCACCCCCAUGCUUCACCAUAGGGAUGUUGCCAGGUUUCCUCCAGAGUUCAAUCUUGGUUUCAUCAGACCAGAGGAUCUUGUUUCUCAUGGUCAGAGUCCUUUUAGGUGCUCCAAGCGGGUUGUCAUGUGCCUUUUACUGAGCAGUGGGUUCCGUCUGGCCACACUACCAUAAAGGCCUGAUUGGUGGAGUGCUGCAGAGAUGGUUGUCCUUCUGGAAGGGUCUCCCAUCUCCACAGAGGAACUCUGGAGCGCUGUCAGAGUGACCAUUUGGGUUCUUGGUCACCUCCCUGACCAAGGACCUUCUCCCCUGAUUGCUCAGUUUGGCCGGACGACCAGCUCUAAGAAGAGUCUUGGUGGUUCCAAACUUCUUCCAUUUAAGAAUGAUGGAGGCCACUUUGUUCUUGGGACCUUCAAUUCUGCAGAUUUUUUUGGUACCCUUCCCCGAUCUGUGCCUUGACACAAUCCUGUCUCGGAGCUCUACGGACAAUUCCUUCGACCUAAUGGCUUGGUUUUUGCUCAGACAUGCACUGUCAACUGUGGGACCUUAUAUAGACUAGGGCUGUUAUGGUGACCGUAUUACCGCCACACUGACGGUCAUGAAGGCAGUCAUAUUCCACGUAACCGUUUAGUCACGGUAAUUAGGCUUCUCCAAGCUCUGAUGCUGCUGAUGGUCAUCAAUGCAAAUGUAAUCAAAUCUAAUCAAACACUCAUGAGAGCUCAUGUUGCGCAACAUUUCUAUCCAAAUAGUCUGGGUAGCCUUGAUUAGCUGUUCAGGGGUCUUUAUGGCUUGGGGCUAGAAGCUGUUAAGAAACCUUUUGGACCUAGACUUGGCGCUCCGGUACCGCUUGCCGUGCGGUAGCAUAGAGAACAGUCUAUGACUAGGGUGGCUGGAGUCUUUGACAAUUUUUAGGGCCUUCCUCUGACACCGCCUGGUAUAGAGGUCCUGGAUGGCAGGAAGCUUGGCCCCAGUGAUGUACUGGGCCGUACCCUCUGUAGUGCCUUGCGAUCGGAGGCCGAGCAGUUGCCAUACCAGGCAGUGAUGUAACCAGUCAGGAUGCUCUCUGGUGCAGCUGUAUAACUUUUUGAGGAUCUGAGGACCCAUGGCAAAUCUUUUCAGUCUCCUGGGGGAAUAUGCUUUCUCGUGCCCUCUUCACGACUGUCUUGAUGUGUUUGGACCAUGAUAGUUUGUUGGUGAUGUGGACACCAAGGAACUUGAAGCUCUCAACCUGUUCCACUACAGCCCAUUUCAAUGAGAAUGGGGGCAUGCUCAGUCCUCUUUUUUUCCUGUAGUCCACAAUCAUCUCCUUUGUCUUGGUCACAUUGAGGGAGAGGUUGUUAUCCUGGCACCACACUGCCAGGUCUCUGACCUCCUCCCUAUAGGCUGUCUCAUCGUUGUCGGUGAUCAGGCCUACCACUGUUGUGUCGUCCGCAGACUUGAUGGUGUUGGAGUUGUUCCUGGCCAUGCAGUCAUGGGUGAACAGGGAGUACAGGAGGGGACUGAGCACCCACCCCUGAGGGGCCACCGUGUUGAGGAUCAGCGUGGCAGAUCAGCGUGGAGGCGGCCCGUCAGGAAGUCCAGGUUCUAAAUCAAAACAAAUAUAACAUAUUAUUUAGUAUAUGUAAAGACUAAGAUUAAAUCAAGAGUAGUGUGAUGGGUGACAAUAUUAGCCUAUCACUUGUGAAUCAUAUAUUACCACUUGUGAAUGAUAUUUUUCAAAUCAGGAUCACACACCUCAUGUAGCCUAGCCCAUAGGCCUAUAUGUUUUGAUAAGGUUUCUAUCACAACUAAAGUGGCCAAAUAACUUCUUAAAAUUAACCACAUUCAGGCUCUACACCCCUUGUAAAGCGGAUUGGCAUACGUAAGUAGCGCGUGAGUUUCAUGUUUGGGGAAGAUAAUUUUCACCAUAAAAAUGCACCUUUUGUAAUAAAAGCAUUACAUGCAUAAUCGCAUUUGCGGUCACUUUUGAUAAUGGUGUUUUCCCGCUAAUGGAACAUUUGCGCUUAUAGCCUACUGCUGUGUGCUCAUUGCUGUGCUUAUAAGGUGAAGAAAUAGCCUAACAGUUUAGCUUAAAAUGUUAAUAAACUAUUAGAUCUGUUGCGUCAGUCUCAUUGCUUAAAAACCUUUUUUUGAUGCUAGUGGUUGCAUUAAUUUGGGAUCUAUCGCAUCCCACAACUGUCCCAGACUAUGUUUGGAAUAUUUAUUUCUCGCACAGAAUAGGUCAACUUUUGUAGUAUGGGGGAUAGUAUAUUGACAUAGUCUAGUGCUUUUGCUUUACGUUAGGCCUACUCAUCUUGUUGGCUGACGAAAAGUAAAUGUGGACAGUUCUUCCAAAUUCUUCAAUAUGCACCUUGGAAUUGGAUAAUGAUUUGGGCAGUUUUUGUCCACGAUGUGUCAGUCUUCACUUGUAGCCUGUGAGAAAGAACCGAUCACGUGAUGGAGAGCCAUGUGAGUGAGAGGUGUCUAAAAUACAUAAUGGAUUUAUUGUGUAGGUGUAGGCUAUAUUACAUGGAUUUAUUAGACUUUUUAAAAUGUAGAUUUUCCAAAGGUCUGCAUCAGUGGCUUGUAGGCUAUGUGUGGAAGCCAGGAGAUGCUAAAUGUGUUUAAUUAACGGUCAGUUACCGUGAGACCGGCAGGUAUUUGCUUGACAAUCACCGGCUGACAAGAUUUUGUGACCGCCACAGCCCUAAUAUAGACGGGUCUGUGCCUUUCCAAGUCAUGUCAAUCAAUUGAAUUUGCCACAGGUCGACUCCAAUCAAGUUGUAGAAACAUCUCAAGGAUGAUCAAUGGAAACAGGAUGCACCUGAGCUCAAUUUCUAGUCUCGUAGGAAAGGGUCUGAAUACUUAUGUAAAGAAGGUAUUUAUGUUUUUAAUACAUUUGCACACAUUUCAAAAAAACUUUUUUUGCUUUGUCAUUUUGGGGUAUUGUGUGUGUUGUGUGAUGAGGGGAAAAAAAUAUUUAAUCGAUUUUAGAAUAAGGGUGUAACGUACCAAAAUGUGGAAAAAGGGAAGGGGUCUGAAUACUUUCCGAAUGCACUGUAUAUCCUUGGAAAGUUCCUAAAGUUUUUUAUCCAAUUUCAGUAAAAGUCUGUUUAUUGUACUUUAGGAAUGGCUAGAAAAAGGACUACGAAACCAUUCUGAAUUGUCAUAAUGGUGUUAUAUUUCACAGAGAACGAUUUUAAUCUGUAAGAAAUGUUCACAUAAAUACAGUAUAUGUAAGUAAGUAGCUAAAUAAAUCUUAGUGUAAUGUGAUAUAAUUUCCAUUAGGCCAUCUGAAAUUGCGCUAGUUCGUUCCUCUUUCCUAGGACACAUAAAUGAGACAUUUCACUUCAGUCACAUGUUCAAAUUAGGUUUUCGAAAUUCUAUAAACAUUCUAUACAUAUCUAUAGCUUCAUUUCCUUCUCAUAUCAAAUUCAAUUUUUUUUUCUGUUUCACCCAAUUCUCUCCUUGCAUUUUUAUCCUUAUCAGUCCUCAAGAAUUUGGUGGGUUCACUUUUCAAGCAAUGCUGCCUCCAUCUUUUAAAAGUCAAUAUUAUUGAAUAUUUCAACAUCUAUGAAUGUAGCACUAUGUUACCAGUUGAUUCAUAAUUGGCUCUGGUUGUGAUGUAAAUCAUAAAUUAACCAAAUAAUGCAUGUGCAUAUGAAGCUAGGCAUUUGAAUGUACAUUUGCACACAUCUGUUAAUAGUCGAUGCUUUGCAUUUUGUCUGUUGGUGACUGUCUCCGUAUAGUGCUUUGUAUUUAGUACUGUGGGGUUGUGUGUCCCUGUGGUGUUGUGUGUCCCAGUGUCUGGUUGUGUGACAGUUGUAAUGUGCAAUAUGUUUGUAAGCGUUUCUGGUGACUCUUAACUCUGUGUGUUUUGUGUGUAGGCUGGGAUUGCAGGUGCACCUGCUCGUGCUGUAUCUGCCGUAAAGAACAUGAACCUCCCCGAAAUGCCCAGAAACAUCAACAUUGGAGACAUCAGCAUAAAAGUGCCAAACUUACCCUCCUUCAAAUAG